GGCCUUGGCUGCUCCCGUGGUGGCAACAAGAGAGGGGGCCCCGCCGUCGCCAACUCGCCCGCCGUGGCUAGCGGGGGGGGAUUUCGAAGCGUAAUCAGGCCAAAUGAUGCAAAACGUCCACCUCGCCCCGGAAACGGAUGAAGAUGACCUUUAUUCCGGCUAUAAUGACUAUAACCCGACUUACGAUACUGAGGACUUGGAGAAUGACGCAGCUUUUCAACAGGCUGUGAAGACUAGCCAUGGCAGACGACCUCCAGUCACAGCCAAAAUUCCCAUCACUGCAGCAGUUCGACCUCUAGCUACUGGGUUUGCGUCCAAGACAACAACCCUGUCAUCAUCAAUGGGGAGGCCAGUGACAGGAGCUGUACAGGAUGGGGUUGCUCGACCUAUGACAGCAGUGAGAGCAGCUGGUUUCACUAAAGCAGCUGUGAGAGGUUCUGCAUUUGACCCCCUUGGUCAGUCGCGAGGCCCUGCUCCUCCUUUGGAAACCAAAAAUGAGGAUAGUCCAGAAGAAAAAAUUCGACAGUUGGAAAAAAAGGUGAAUGAAUUAGUAGAAGAAAGCUGUAUUGCCAACAGCUGUGGAGACCUAAAAUUGGCAUUGGAAAAGGCAAAAGAUGCAGGAAGGAAGGAGAGAGUCCUGGUGAGACAACGAGAACAAGUGACAACACCAGAAAACAUCAAUUUAGACUUAACCUAUUCAGUUCUUUUUAACUUGGCCAGUCAGUACUCAGCUAAUGAAAUGUACGCUGAAGCACUAAACACCUACCAAGUUAUUGUGAAAAAUAAGAUGUUCAGCAAUGCAGGGAGACUGAAGGUGAAUAUGGGAAAUAUUUAUUUAAAACAAAGAAAUUAUUCCAAAGCUAUCAAGUUCUAUCGGAUGGCUCUGGACCAGAUCCCAAGUGUCCAUAAAGAAAUGAGGAUUAAAAUCUUGCAAAAUAUUGGUGUGACCUUCGUUAAAACUGGCCAAUAUUCAGAUGCUAUCAAUUCUUUUGAGCACAUAAUGGGUAUGGCCCCAAAUCUGAAAGCAGGCUUCAACUUGAUACUGAGCUACUAUGCAGUUGGGGACCGAGAAAGAAUGAAGAAAGCUUUCCAGAAAUUGAUUGCUGUUCCAUUGGAAAUUGAUGAGGAUGACAAAUUCAUUUCACCAAGUGAUGACUCGCACGCUAAUCUAUUGAUUGAAGCCAUUAAAAAUGAUAACCUAAGGCAAAUGGAGCAUGAAAGAAAAGCCCUAGCAGAGAAAUACAUCAUGACGGCCGCCAAACUCAUUGCUCCCGCAAUUGAAACAUCAUUUGCCGUAGGCUAUGACUGGUGUGUUGAAGUAGUAAAGGCUUCUCAGUAUGUAGAACUAGCUAACGACUUGGAAAUAAACAAAGCAAUUACCUUCUUGAGGCAAAAGGACUUUAACCAAUAUGAAGAGGCUGUAGAGACUUUAAAAAUGUUUGAAAAGAAGGACAGUAGAGUAAAAAGUGCAGCUGCAACAAAUCUUUCAUUUCUUUACUAUUUGGAGAAUGAGUUUACGCAAGCCGACAACUAUGCAGACUUGGCUGUGAGUUCUGAUCGAUAUAACCCGUCAGCACUCACUAAUAAAGGAAAUACCAUUUUUGUCAGUGGAGAUUAUGAGAAAGCAGCCGAGUUUUAUAAGGAAGCUCUGAGAAAUGAUUCUUCCUGCACUGAAGCACUUUACAAUAUCGGUUUAACAUAUAAGAAGUUAAACAGACUAGACGAGGCUUUGGAUUGUUUCCUGAAACUUCAUGCAAUCCUACGAAACAGUGCUCAAGUCCUUUACCAAAUAGCAAACCUAUAUGAAAUAAUGGAAGAUCCCAACCAGGCCAUAGAGUGGCUGAUGCAGCUGAUCAGUGUUGUCCCAACAGAUGCUCGUGCCUUAGCCAAACUAGGAGAAUUGUAUGACAACGAAGGGGACAAAUCCCAGGCAUUUCAGUACUACUAUGAGUCCUAUCGGUACUUACCUUCUAACAUUGAAGUCAUUGAAUGGCUUGGAGCUUACUACAUUGACACCCAGUUUUGUGAAAAAGCCAUUCAGUACUUUGAAAGAGCUGCUCUUAUUCGUCCCACCCAAGUGAAAUGGCAGCUGAUGGUGGCUAGUUGUUACAGAAGAAGUGGUAACUACCAAAAAGCUCUGGAUACCUAUAAGGAGAUCCAUAAAAAAUUUCCAGAAAAUGUUGAAUGUCUGCGGUUCUUAGUUCGGCUCUGCACAGAUAUUGGACUAAAAGAAGUUCAGGAGUAUGCAACCAAACUCAAGAGAGUGGAAAAAAUGAAAGAAAUGAGGGAACAGCGGGUGAAGUCUGGCAGAGACAGCAGUGGUCGUGGCAAGAGAGAGGGCAGUGCUGGGAGUGACAGUGGCCAGAGCUCUGGGGCCAGUAGUAGAGGAGAGCGACUUAGUGCCAAACUGAGAUCCUUGCCUGGCGCCAAUGAACCGUAUGAAAGCAGCAGCAACAAAGAAAUAGAUGUCUCAUAUGUGGAUCCACUGGGCCCCCAAACAGAAAGACCCAAGACGGCAGCAAAGAAGAAAAUGGAAGAGGAUGAUUUUGCUGAUGAAGAACUGGGAGAUGACUUGCUUCCAGAGUGAUGCGUGUUUUCAGGUUACUUUGACAGGCAGAUUCCCUCCUGCCCUUGGAGUUUGGAAUUGAUUUUUAUAUGUUAAUGAAUUUGGAGAAAGCAAAUUUCCCCUUCAAUAAAACUUGUUGGAACA